CCGAUUCCAAGUUGAGCCGCCCUGGAGAGCGGACCUGCCCGCGCACCCUCGCCGCAGUCGCACUCACCCCGCGAGCGUGCCAGUGCCGCCGCCGGCGAUACCUCCCGCGCUACCAAACUCCUCCGACUCCGAUAUCUUUGUUCUCGACACUUUCUCAAGUCUACAUCCUAAACUUUAAUAGCCGGUUGUUUGCUGCAAACUUCUCAGCGAAGGCGAUCGUACCGAAAACUUGAACACGUAAUUGUGAAAAAAUAAUUAAGUGUGUAUUCAUAAAUCGUUGUGUAAUGGAGUUCAAGUAUGCUCUGUUUUCCUGGAGGAUAAAUACAAAAAACCUGCACUAAAAGGUGGAGUGAAUCAGGCGCAGGUUGAAUAAUAUGUAAUACGUCACAGCCUGUGACGACCACAGACUUCACUUAGUGUGUGUGUGCUAACUGGUGCCGUAGAGUCGUCGAGCAGCAAAAAUGGGCAAGAAGAACUCAAAACUAAAACAAGAUACGAUCGACCGGCUUACCAGUGCUACCUACUUUACGGAGAAAGAGAUCCGGCUUUGGCACAAAGGAUUUCUGAAGGACUGUCCAAACGGUCUCCUCACUGAACAGGGGUUCAUUAAGAUCUACAAACAGUUCUUCCCUCAAGGUGACCCCAGCAAGUUUGCAUCAUUAGUGUUCAGAGUGUUCGACGAAAACAAUGAUGGUUCCAUCGAGUUUGAAGAAUUCAUACGAGCACUCUCGGUGACGUCACGGGGAAACCUAGACGAAAAGCUACAUUGGGCAUUCCGACUGUACGACGUUGACAACGAUGGUUACAUUACGCGCGACGAGAUGUACAACAUAGUCGACGCGAUCUAUCAAAUGGUGGGCCAGACGCCGCAGCCUGAGGACGACAACACUCCUCAGAAGCGCGUCGAUAAGAUCUUCGACCAGAUGGACAAGAACCAUGACGACCGCUUAACUCUGGAGGAAUUCCGCGAGGGUAGCAAGGCAGAUCCCCGCAUUGUUCAGGCUCUCUCACUUGGAGGCGAUUAAUCUACGGUCAUCCUCUCGCCGGAUUUCACAUUUACUUAGAGAGCUAUAAUAUCAUUCCGCCGCUUGUGUUUCUGUUUAUAUUAAUUGAAUGCUCGUCUAUAUUUAGAGUUUAAUGUUGAGUUCGUUUAUUCUUCAUCAUUUCCUAUUUUUAUAUAUAAGAAGGAAAUAUUGUUUUGUUUACAGUUAAGAUUUUUAUUUUAUUCACGAGUAAGUUAUAUAUAGGUAUGAAUGUUCAUUUCUUUAGCACAGGCGACGGAACAAUAUAAAUGAAUAUUAUUAUAAGUAAUAUUUGCCAAUACAUUGGAAAGGAGCGAGGCUUUAUUUAUUGAUACAUAUAAUAAUAAUAAUUAAAUGAAUAAUUCGCCCGCUACAAUAUUGUUUUGUCUUGGGUACCUACUUUAUAAUACAUAUUACGAUGACAGAUACAAAGCUAAUAACUGCUCAUAAUUAUGACGUUUUACAAUUUUUCACAUUUCCUAGUAGGUACAACAAGAAGUUACAUAAGCAUAUAAUCUGCCGUAUAAUCUCGAUACCAAGAGUCACACCAAUAAUUAAAAAUAUUAACAAAAAGACACCUCUAUUGUAAUAGUAAAUGUAUUCACGAUUGGUAUUGUAACUAUAAUAAUAGACAUUGAUGUGACAUAUAUACAACUAUGUUAAAUGUAUGCAUUUCAUGUAGUAUAGUAUUAUUACGUGUCCUCGAGAUCCGCUUCGUGUUGGCAAAUUUAAAAAUGCUCUUCCUGAAGUAAAUGAACUUCCAUAUUCAGAGGCCGUUGGGUGAACCGAAAAAGCCAUAUUUUUUCUGUUGCGAAAAAGGAAUGGAUCUGUUCAUCUCAUGUUACUAAGAAAAAUAAUGUAACGUAUUUACAGUACGGCCCACAAACCUGUUUCAACUAAUGAAUUCUGUGAAAAACUUUUGUCAAAAUCCUUAAACAAUAACUAGAAUUUGAAACAAAAUUAAAUUCGUGCGAGAGAAUGACCGGCGACAAACAGCUGGCUAUCGUAAUAAGUCGUUAGUGCACUAGGUACUUGAGAUAACUUCCGACAAAUGCGAUUAAACAUCAUCUUGUAAAAAUCGCCUAAUCUUAACGUCAUCAAUAAAACUUAUAAGUGAAGGCGUCAGCAGCGGGCGGGCACGCCGACAGUCGCACGCCGAGAGUCGCCAGCCGCGGCCACACGGUGCGGCCUGCUGACACGACGCUAACGAGUUUGAUAUUUUUCUGCGUUUUGUCAGAACAUAACGUUAUCACUUUACUGUUGUUGUUGAUAAAUUGUUAGUUUUUUAAGUGUUGCGCCCCAUUAACGUUAAAUUUGCAUUUUAAGACAAUAUGAAAUUUUUGGCGAACAGGCGUUUUGGGUUUUUACUGCCCCAUAUUUAUAAAAAAAUACUCUCAUCAAAUUUGAGUGCAGAUGUGGCAAAGCCAUAAAACGAAUUGUGACGUUUUUUAUCAAAUAUGAAAUUUUGCUCGUCUACAAUUUUUGGAAACUAUGUUGAAGACGAGAUGCAACAUUUUUUAACUUAUGAAAAUCGUAAAUUUAAUGAUUAAACUUAAGAAUUAGACAUUGAUUUAUUUUAAAUACGUAGUGAAUUGGAGAAGCAAUUUGUUAAUAAUGAAGAAUGGUGUAAAAUUGUUAUAAAAAGGGAAUAAAAAAUAGUGUAAUUGUAAUAAUGGUGAUUGUUGAGAUGAGCGCGAUGCGUUCUUACUGCGCAGUUCUUUUGGCGAGUUUUAUCAAGAGGAUAAACAAAAUCGAUUAACUUCAUUGUAUCUAUGUUCAUGACAAUUAUCCAAAUGUUAGAGCAGUAGUAGAUUACGUAGUUUGUGUAAAACAUUUUAACUUUGAAAUUAUAGCACAAUUGUAACAUUUCCAGUCGCCCGGAGUCGCCUAACCGGCGCAUUAAGCACUUUUCUUGGAGAGCACUAAUCUUAUCAUAAAACAUAGAUAUACAUUUAUAUAAUCGUUCCCUAAUAUAUAUUAUAGUUUCUACCUGUAUCUAUACAACUUAGCCCCUAAGAUUGGGGUACCUACAUCUCUAUCUCCAUCCUCUUUCGGGUAUUGAAAACAUAUAUUUUGGAGGACUUUUGGAUAUUUCCGUUUAGCGAUUCUCAACAUAAUGUAGUUGUUAAGAGUCUACUUAUUACUUAUCGUAUAAGAAAGUUACCUACAGCUUUAUACAAACAUAAUUGUUAUCUUUUGCUUAUAAAGUAAACUAAACUUAUGAUACAUGUAAUGGAUUUCUAUAUUUGAUUGAAGUUUCGCGGAUCUUAACCUUUUCAGCUACUUCUAGCAUGGCGUUGUCCGUAUAAAAUGUUUUGAAACAUUAGGUAGGUUUAUAUUGGUAGUUUUGGAUCACGUGUCAAUUUGGGUCUUUCAACAGUGUUUGUAGACAUUAAGAUGCGUUUUUAAACGAACUAGUGUAGGAAAUUGUCGCGGGCUGUGCAUUUCGUAUAGGAUAAGUAGCAGAUCUCAAGUUGGACUACUGAAAAUGUAUCUUAUACCUACAGCUCUUGUUAAUCAAUUACCAAUUAAUUUUAGUUAUCUUUGUGGAAAAAAGGCUUUUCUUUCCUUACUUUUACAACUUAUGGACGACAGUUUCAGUUAAAUGGACUAACCGCAAUGCAGGUGUGUACCAGACCCAGACCUGAAAUCACACUGAGGUCAUAUCAUAGUUUACUGGGAAUGAUCUACCAUCGGAAUAUCUAACUUGCUUCAUCUUACAUCCUACGAGGCAAUAAUAUAUUUUGGGCAAGCUCGUGAAACCAAAAUCUCUGUCUCAGUGCCGGGUAACUUGGUCCAUGUUACUGAUGGCAGGUGUAGUGUAUUUUUUAAGUUUUUUUAUUGUUCUUAUUAACCUACCUAUAUCGAUCGCCAUGAACUAGUUACUUAUCUAUGUAUCUACUCAAGGAAACGAUUGGUAGAGAAUUUGUUAUUUACUAACACGGCUAUUAUGUUACAUAAAUAUUUUUGUGUAGCUAUUAUAGCUGGACUCAUGGCAAUGACGGACUGAAAGUUAAUAUUCUCAGCAUGGGGACAUUUUGCAACACAAAAGCUUGAAUCGUGAAUUAUUCUAGGACUAAGUACCCAUCAUGAUCCUUUUUAAACGCUUUAUAACCUUAUCUUCGGUAACAUCUGCUGAGAUUUAAAUAAUCAUAUUUAAUAAUAUAAAAUAAUCAUAUGAAACGUAAUUAUAUAGACAUAGUAUUUUUCAGUAGCGAAUUUCUUGCUCCAUGAUUGCGUAACUGUUACCGCUUGAUAACUUCGAUCUAUUUUACUGGCUUCUUGGGGAACAGGUAGGUAUACGCCAAACUCGAGCUAGAUGGAAUUAGGCAUGACAAAGUUGGAAUUAAUACGAACCCAGAAUACCGAGAUUUUGUAAACCAUAUAAUUGCAUUUCAGUGGAGUUACUUGCAAGCUCCUAAGUUCAUAUAGAUCGAGUACGGACAAGUCAUUAUUAAUUAGAAAUGUUUUACAAAUCUUUUAACAAUCAUUUUUCAGUGAGCGUCAAAUAUUCAACCGAUAAAAUAACAAUUAGGACCUAGGUACCUAUUUAUAAUUUAUCUAUGUUUAAAGCGAAGGCGCCUAAUUGGAAUUUCUUGUGCCUAGUUAAAGAGAGAAGUAAUUAAAUAAAGUACCUAGGCAUUUUAGAUCAGUAUUCUAACACAGAGGCAGCUAGGUACACAUUUUUGUACCCAAAAACCUCUAACGAUUGUAACUUUUUUAAAACAUAUAUCAGGUUGAUAUACCUAUUAUUGUUUUUUCGUAUUACUUGAAAACCCUCUCCUUUUAUCAAUAGUAAUCCUGGAAAAUUUCAAUAUGUAUUAACAGUACCUACAAUGAUGUAAACCUUAUAUGUAUAUUCAUGAGACAUACAUAGUAAUGUAUAAGUAUAUACUUCGAUGACAAUGCAACUUCUUUAUUCAACUAGCUACUCGUAAUAAACAGGCAAGCAUAAUUUUAUGUGUCAUUUUGUAACGGCGGAGAGCGGAAUAAAAUUAAAAUGAAGAUUUACUUUAAUAUUGUUUUCUAUGGGUCCCCGGGACGAUCAGGAGCCUUACGUGAGGUUUCACCUUUAUUGGCCCAUAGGUAUAUGGUACCCCGUCCAGUCCAAUUAACUAUCCUUGCCACAGAAAGUAAAAUUUCGUAAAGUAAAAUUCGUUUCCGACGGAGAUUCGACAUUCAUUUCCUCGGGUUUAAGGAUCGGUAUAAAUUGAGAUAGCGAGUCACUCACGAACAUUUAGAAAUAAAUCUUCAAGCAACUGGACUCUCUCUCGGGGACUCAUAAAAUAAUCUAAGAAGAAAAAUACAUUAAAACUUGUAAAGUUACUUCAGCAAUAUAAUCGCCAUUCACCGAUUUGUAAUCAUGCCUAUUUAUAACUGAUAAUACCUACUUAUUCUCUUUCUAUGUAAAUAGUAAUUUAUUAUUCGCCUACUUUCAUAGAUAUUAUGAUAAUCACUUUUAAUAAUAAUGAUGAUUAAUAAUAAACGA